AUGGCCUUUCAAACUGCUCUGCUGCCCAACAUGGCAGCAGCAACAGCUGAGAUCUGGCCCUCAGUCGCCAAAGCCCUGGCCAUGCCACGGACGGCCACGUCUGUGACAAGGCGCACGACGCCAUCGACCUCUGCCCGCAACACUGACCCCGUGUCCUCCCCGCCAUCCACUACCGAUCGGAUCUCGAGUCUUCCUGGCCUUCUCCGCAAUGGCUUCCAACCCAACAAGUCUUCUCUACCGAGCCACCAGCCCACGUCCUGCGAUAUCCGAUCCAUCAUCUCUACCAUGCCAUCGUCUGCGCUGGCUGCCGCAGCCAACCCACUGCUUCGACAGAGUGCCUUCCGAACGGGAGCACAGAAUUCUACUAUCCCUAUAAUGAGACUGUUCUCGACAUCGACUGUGCGCGCGGCGCAGCGCGGCGCAACGAUUUCACAAACAAGGUCUCCUCUCCAUGGUCUUGCCACUCGUUGGUCCGCCCCAUCGCGUAUAACUUCGUCGGUCAUUCUUGGCCGUGUUAUUGGUCUUACCCCGUACUGUGGGCUCUUGCAGAACCGGAAUUUCAGCAACGGAGGCAUUUCUCGCAACAUGCUGGCCAACCUCGAAGCUGCUGCCAACCGGAAUCCUACCAGCCCUACCGCUCAAAACGCUUUCUAUCAGGUUCUUCUCAAGGCAAACAUGCCCGGGAUAAUCGUCGAACGGUACCAGUCAGGCAGAUACGCGAGGAACCAAGCGGUUGAGGACGUCUAUGCCAAGGCACUGUCCAUGAUCAACGGCAAUAAGAUUUCUGACGUCGGUGCUGUCGAUGGCCAGGCCAGCGGACUUAACCAGUCUCAGCUUCAAGCAAUCGGCCAGGCCGUCGCGGCCAGUGCCAAGGGCGGCAAUAUCGCGGUAUCUACUCAGGGUUCCGGGGCCAAACAGGGGCCCAUUCACGUCGUGGUGGACGAAUCGCUCGGCUCUACUAUCUUCAAAUGGGUCAGGUUCUUCAUGAUCUUCGGUUUCGUUUGCUACUUUAGUCUGGUCGUCGUUACCAUGAUCGUUGAGAGCUUCAACUCCUUCAAACGAACCGGCACUGCCAGGGCUGAUGCCGAGGUAAAGGCCGAGAGCCAGAAGGCCAGGUUUGCUGACGUCCACGGGUGCGAUGAGGCCAAGGAGGAGCUCCAGGAAAUCGUUGAGUUUCUCAAGAACCCCGAUAAGUUCUCGACCCUGGGCGGCAAGCUGCCAAAAGGUGUUCUCCUGGUUGGCCCUCCCGGUACCGGCAAAACCCUCCUGGCACGGGCUGUCGCUGGUGAAGCUGGCGUCCCCUUCUUCUAUAUGUCUGGCAGUGAGUUCGAUGAGGUCUAUGUUGGCGUCGGCGCAAAGAGGGUCCGUGAUCUGUUCAAUGCCGCCAGGUCCAAGUCCCCAGCAAUCAUCUUCAUCGACGAGCUGGACGCUAUAGGAGGGAAGAGGAACACAAGAGACAGCACUUACGUGAAGCAAACCCUCAACCAGCUUCUGACCGAGCUGGACGGUUUUGACCAGAGCAGUCAGAUUAUCAUCAUAGCGGCAACGAACUUCCCGAAGCUUCUCGACAAGGCCUUGACUCGUCCCGGCCGGUUCGACCGACAUGUCUCAGUCGACUUGCCUGACGUCCGAGGGCGACUGGCCAUCUUGCAACACCACGCCAAGAAGGUCAAGUUGGCGGAGAAGAUCAACUUGCAGGAGCUGGCUCAAGGUACUUCAGGACUAUCCGGCGCUGAGCUCGAGAACAUUGUCAACUCUGCUGCUAUUCAUGCCAGCAAGAACAAGUCGCAGUUCAUCUCGAUGAAGGAUCUCAUCUGGGCCAAGGACAAGGUCGUCAUGGGGGCUGAGAAGAAGAGCAUGGUCAUCAGUGAGAAGGAGAAGCUCAUGACGGCGUACCACGAGGCUGGUCAUGCCCUCGCGGCCUUGUACACUGCGGCCCAGCCGAUUGCGCUGUACAAAGUCACAAUUCUCCCACGUGGCGGAAGUCUUGGUCACACUGCUUUCCUCCCCGAGAUGGACAAGCACUCUUGGACGACAUCAGACUACCAUGCCAGGAUUGACUGCGCCAUGGGUGGCAAGGUGGCCGAGGAGAUUGUCUACGGCAGCGACCUUGUGACCUCGGGUGUCAGCUCAGAUCUCAACAACGCCACCGACCUCGCAUUCCAAAUGGUUGCAUACUUCGGGAUGGGCGGUGGAGGUCUAGCCCCGAUGGAUUUCGGGUCCAGGUACAACAACCUGAGCCCGGCAACCAGGGAACAGGUCGAGAGAGAAGUGCAGAAGAUGCUGAACGAUUCAUAUGGUCGCACGCGAGAGAUGCUGGUCGCAAAGCGGAAGGAGCUUGAUCGGUUGGCGGAGGCCCUCGUCGACUACGAGACUCUGGACAAGGGGGAGGUGUUGAAGGUGAUCAAAGGCGAAUCGCUGACUGAUCGCAUAAAAAUGCCGAGGGAUGGGCCAAUGACGGUUCCGAUAGCAUCAAAUCCCCUCGAAGGCCUACCGCCGAUCGGAGGGGAGCAGCAGGGCGGCUCCGAGCCACCGCCUCCGGCACCCCCUGCGUCGGUGUAG